UAGUUAGUGAACGGAAAAUGCUUCCUCUCGUCGCCUUCGUUGUAUUUCUACACCUGGAAGGAGUCCAAGUGAGCGCUUACAAAGGAGGCGCUCCUGAAUAUUUCUUGGCGUUUAGCAAGAAUUAUCAUGUGGACAACAGUAACAUCCUGACGCUCACUAUCACCACUUCUGAAAGUGCUCCCGUGAGCUACGAAGUGUCGUCUCCUUACGGAUCAUACUACGUAACUGGCACCGUUUCCCAGUCAUCUCACGUCUCAAUCAACUUGGACCCAUCCCUGACGGUUACUGGCUCAGAUGUGACUCAGAGAAGCAAAGGGAUACGUGUGAGAGCCGCUGACUCAAGCAAAACGAUUAGUGUUAGUGGAAUGACCUAUGAGCAGCAUACAGCGGAUGCUUUCUUGGCUCUACCGUCUGGCCCAGUUGCAGAAGAGUACACCUAUAUAGCAAGCUCCAUGCUGUGGACAAAUAGGAGUGAGAGUGCCCUUCCCUCACUGAUCCUCAUAGUGGGGACACUGGACAAUACUUUGUUAACAAUAACCCCCACACAAUUUGUUAUUAUACCUGAUGAUUUAAGAGCCCCAGGCAACCCUCAGAAUUUUGUCUCCCCGGGGGAAUCAUACACUGUGACUCUGAACUGGCUGAACACCUACCAGAUCGAGAGUUACCUUGAUCUCACUGGGUCCAGGAUUGUGUCAAACAAGCCACUGUCGGUGUUUGCUGGUCACCAAUGUGCUGAUGUCCCUGCAAGAGUUGCGGCAUGCGAUCACCUAUAUGAACAAAUCCCACCAACCAGUACGUGGGGAAGAUUCUUCUUCCUUGUACCGUCUAACUCUGUCUCUCGAACAUCUCCAGAAUGGUAUAGAGUUGUCUCCUCAAAACUAUCCACAACAGUCUUUAUUACAUGCUAUAUUCUGGGAGACUCCCAGCAUUCUUUUGUCUAUCAGAACUACAUUGCACAAGUGGGUGGAUUCAAGCAAUUUCACAUGGAGCGGGACAACUACUGUUAUAUGAUUAGUGACAAACCAAUCCUAGUUAUGCAGUAUGCACACGGUGCAUCAGCUAAUAAUGGCAUAGGUGACCCCUUUAUGAUGAUGACAUUACCUACUGAGCAGUACGUUGCUAACACUAUAAUCAACUUCUACGCCUAUGAAAACUUUACCAGCGACAUAACUAUUGUGGCACUACAGCAGGAUGCCCCUCCCGGUGAAGUUUUAUUACUGGACGGCGUAUCCUACACUUCAGAUUGGAUUCAACUUUAUUGCUCUGAAGAAGAGUUGUGUGGCUAUACACUCCAUAAGCAAGUCUCCACUGGGUUUCAUACUGUCAGAAGUGUUAAUAACCAAAUUCCGAUAGCUGUCUAUGUGUAUGGUUUUGAAUUCUCCCAGGGCUAUGGCUACCCAGCUGCAAUGGAACUAAAAGAUCUGGGGGUGGAGGAGUGUGUUGAUGGAGGGAUAAGGUUGGUGGGAGGAGAGAGUGAAACAGAAGGUAGGGCUGAGGUGUGCCAGGGAGGAGUCUGGGGAACCAUCUGUAAUGAUAACUGGAGCACGGAGGACACAGAAGUUGUGUGUGGACAACUGCUUCUCCUGUCCUCUGGCAUAACAAGCAGUUUCUAUGGAGAAGGAGAGGGCCCAAUUCAUAUGGACAAUGUACAAUGUCUAGGGGUCGAGUCCAGUAUAUUGGAGUGUGUCUAUGACAUCCAUACUGCUGACUGUUCUCAUAGCCAGGACGUUGGAGUUUUAUGUUACUCUUAUCCUGCGCCAGAGGUAGAGUUGCAGCAAAGUCCAUCAAACAGCCAAUACUUUGCAAGCUAUGACCUAACUCUUACCUGCAUUAUAUCAGUUAGCUCAAAUGUUAUUGGUCGGGUAAGGCUCACAGCUGGCUGGUCUAAAGAUGGCAUACAGUACAUCAGCAACAGUUGGGACUCACGGACUUCUGCCACUCCUGUCACACAAAUCAGCAAUUAUGUCUAUACUACAAAUCUGAAAUUCCUCCCACUGGAGGAACGGGACUCAGGGACCUACCAAUGCACAGCUGUCCUCACUAGCUUUACUGGAGUUCCUUUAGUCAAUGGCACAAAUGAUACUUCUUUAAUGGUUAAAGAACUUCAAUCGGAGCGCAUUCAACUGCAGUUAUUUGGAGCAGAAAACUGUGUUCAGUGGAUACAGAGUAAAGGUGCAGACGUUAAGCAGGCACUUGCAGGCUCAGUCGGUGAUGGAGUGGAGGAUCUGUGCAACUGUGAAUUUUCUGCCAGAAACCUCAAAGGGAUAGUCCUGCAGUGUUACUCGGACUACCCAGCCAAGAUUUUUGUUCUGCUAACGAUACAAGUAACUGCCACUAAGAGUCUUCCUGACAUAUUGAACUUUAUUACUGACUGGAUCGCUAGAGAUCCGCACAUUGUUCUUGGUGAAAGUAACACCACGGUGUAUAUCGACAAACUCUGCGAUAUAACAAUUCUAGGAUCAGAGUGUGUUCCCACCUCCUCUUCCUCAUCUUCUGCGGAAAUUCCCCUCCAACAAUCCUACUACUGCUGCUUCAAAGUCACAAACAGAAGGCCUGAAAGCAGGAAUCGGUGUACUAGCAGUUUUCACUGUGGUAAUUCCAGUAAUGCUGAUGGUUGUGGUGUUGGUGGUGUUUACCAAGUGAGUUUGGUUAAUGAUAUGCUUUAAAGACCUUUUCAGUACCUUCUGACACUACCACUUGGUAUUGUUACGUGUGCUGCUGCUUUCCUUUCUCUCAAUAGAUGUCGCAACAGAGGUGCUCAAAAUCCUGAGGCAAUUGACAUGAAUAUCAUGUAUCGCGACUUUGAUGACAAUCGGAAUGGCGGCCAUUUUUAAGAAGUGGGACAGGACUUGUGGAGUAACUAACACUUAGUUUGUGUGAGAGUAGCUAUAUGUAGAGUGCUCUUCGUAGACAGUCAUGAGGCAACCUUCUGCAUGUGUAUAAUAAUUAUGUAUGUGUGUUCCCCCUUUUUGUAAUUAGAGUAUCACUAGACUUUAUCUUAUGUCACAAAAAUUGUUGUUGGAGAGUGAAGCAACCCCACGUAGUGUAGUGUGGGAAGUUUUCUAUCUAUUGGUUGGGCGCUGUCACUAUUGUCAUGUACUACGU